GUCCUCCUGGUGGACGACGGCUCCUCCGCGGACCUUUCCCCGGCGCUCGGCGCCUGGGAGGACGCGGAAAGCCUGGCGCUGGUCCGCAUGCGCCGGAACACUGGUCCGGCGGGUGCCCGGUCGGUGGGCCUGCGGCUCCUGCGGCAGUGGGCAGGCGACCGCCGCGCCGUGGUCUGCCUCACCGACAGCGACGCCAUGCCGGACGACCGGUGGUGCGAGGCCAUGCUGAAGGCCCAGAUGCUGUUCCCGGGCAUCUUCAGCGGGCCCACCCUGUCCUGCGACCGCUCGCACACGGGUCGAUUCCACGACCACUUCGGCAACUUGAACGGGCGCUGGAGAUGGGACGACCUUCCCGGAUCCCGACUCGACGUGGCGCCUCCCUGCAGGCAUGUUCGUCGUCAGCACUUGGCCUUCGAAGCUAUUUCGGCGUUGCCUCUCGCUUCUGCGCUCUUGCUCACACAUCCGAUAUCCGUCCAAUGCUGGCCAGCCUGA